CGGUGGUUCCCUGAAGACCAGACCGCAGACGACUGCAGAGAGCAGAGGCGCGCUGCUCCGUCAUUGCUCAAGGCGCUAACCGAGCGGACAGAACAGCGCUCAACUCAAACCGGAACUUUAAUUUGUGAAUGCGAACGGUAGUGCGCUCAUAGAUAUGCUGCGCCGUGAGGAGCGGACCGACUUAGAAUAAACCUGAGCCAAGUCUAACUGUACUCCAGAAAAGAGGAACGAACCACUUUGGCCCCUCUGGUUGCCUGACUCGUUUUUCCUCGUCUUCUAAACAUCCGCAUCCAUUCAGGAUGGAAGCGAGAGGGAAGUAUGAUUUUACUUCAACAGCCGACGAUGAGCUCAGCUUCAGAAAGGGAGAUAUACUUAAGAUCAUAAGCCGAGAAGAUGACUGGUUUAAGGCGGAGAUGAAUGGACAGUCAGGAUAUGUGCCACAGAACUACAUUGAAAUGCAAAUCCCAAAAUGGUUUAAGGAGAAUUCCACUCGCAGCGCUGCAGAAGAUCACCUGAGACGAGGAAAUGUGGGGGAAUUUGUGAUUCGAGGUUCCCAGAGUUCCCCUGGAGACUUCUCCAUCUCUGUCAAACAUGACAAUGACGUCCAGCACUUCAAAGUGAUGAAGGACAGCACCUUCCAGUAUUUCCUGUGGUCUGAGAAGUUCUCUUCACUCAACAAGCUGGUGGAUUUCUAUAAAACCACCUCCAUCUCCAAGACUAGAGAGAUUUACCUGGAUGACGGCAGCCCGGACUGUAAGAGCCCCACCUCAGCCCAGUCGGUGAAGAGGGGAAGUUUGCCUGAACAGCGUAACGCAGCUGGAGCCAGCGCUGCUGCACCGCGCAGAGCUUCGGACCAGCCUCCAAGCCAGAUGGCUAAGCGGCCGGGCCUGGAGGAGCGGGCUCACACUAUAGGUCACACAGGAAGAAGCAGCCCCGUCAGCUCUGCAUAUCCUCCACGUCGCACAUCUGAAACCUUACCUUUGCCACAGAAGUCAUUGCAGGUGAAGGCACUGUACAACUUCGUCGCAGAGGAGGACGAUGAGCUCGGUUUUUGUGCCGGGGACGUCAUCGAAGUGCUGGAUCGCUCUGACGCGUCGUGGUGGAAAGGCAGGCUGCGUGGGAAAAGCGGGCUGUUUCCUGCCAAUUACACGAUACAGCUGUGAGUGAGGAAACGCCCCAGACGAUGCGCUCACGAGGUCCGUCCACAUUCAGACUCAGUCUCUCUGCAAGUGCAGCAGCUCAGAAUACGUGUUUCUGAACAUAAAACACUGAGCAGCUGGUGAAUUGUCUGAUCUCUGUACGUCACGAACACAGGACUGUGAGUCGAAUAGGUUUUUUUCUGAUUAUAUUCAGCAUACUGUUUAUACUGUAUGACAGAACAUCAGGUACAUGUUUGACUGGCACAGCUCCAGCUGCAGCUCUCGUGAGGGAUGUUCCAACAUUUGACUCAUCAGCAGGUAUUUAUUUGCAAAGACUGAUAAAUCGACUACGAUCUUGCUGCUUUGUGUAGUCACAUUUUAUUUUUCACAACAUAUUUCACGAGAUAAAAAAGCUGUCAAAGUCUUACUGCAUCAUAUACUGUACAGUAUAUCCUCUAUAAACUUAUUUUGUCACAGAAUUUAUGCUACAUAGCACUUGAGAACCACAUUCGCAGUCUUUAUAGUGAACCUCUUUUCCUUAGCUGCAAGUUGGCAGCUGAAGUCGGAUGUAACCAGAGUCCAUCUAAUUAAGAAUGUGCUGUCAUCUGAAGUUGAGUGUUUGUAGGCUCACUAAUGCCAGAAAUACAUUUGCUGACAAGAUUUUCAAACCAGUUGAUGAAGCAGGUUUUGAUUUUAAUUUUCAUUUCACCCACAUGCUAAUAAAACAAAAUUGUUUCAAUGUCACUUGAUGUCACUUGAGACUUAAAAUAUGAGUUGCUGUGUUUCCCGUUAUCUCAUGUUGAGCAACAGGAAAUCAAGGGUUUAAAGACAAAUGUAGCCAUACGAGUAUUGCCGAGUGUUUCACAAAGUGCCUUUCAUUCAUACAGUACACACAGGUACGGUAGCUGGCAGAGCUGACUUUUCUUGUGCCUUGGUUUCAGUUACGUACAUUAACGUGAAGAUAAUAUCGUAACUAAUAAAUUAUAUACUGUA